AUGGAAACCGCCAAACCACAAGUAUUAACCUCAACCGUUCACCUUUCUAAAACCCAAGACAAGGAUAAUAAACUUAAAAAAAAAGAAUAUCCGUUUUGGUUCGGAGGUGCCGCAUCAUGUUUUGCCUGUUUAAUUACCCAUCCUUUGGAUACAACUAAAGUUCGUUUGCAAACUGUUAAAGGUAUUAACAAGACGGGAGCUGUAGGAAUGAUGAUCAAUAUAAUAAAGUUAGGGGGAAUUGGAGGAAUAUAUAGUGGUCUUUCCGCUAGUAUUUUAAGACAAGCUACUUAUUCUACUAUGAGAUUUGGAGUUUAUGAUAGAUUACAAAACUAUUUAACUAAAGAAGGAGAAAAACUUUCUUUUGUAAAGAAGAUUUUCUGUGCAUCAAUAGGAGGGUGUGUAGGUGGAGCUUUUGGAAAUCCCGCGGAUGUUGUAAUGGUGAGAAUGCAAAAUGAUGCUGAAUUACCACCAGAAUUACGAAGGAAUUAUAAACAUGCAUUUGAAGGUCUUUAUAGAAUUACUAAAGAAUCUGGAAUUACUGGUCUUACUAGAGGAAUUGGUCCAAAUAUGAAUAGAGCUAUUUUAAUGUCAUCUUCGCAAAUAGCUACUUAUGAUCAAUCUAAACAACUUUUAUUGGAAACUGGAAUAUUUCAUGAUAAUAUUUUUACCCAUUUGAUUUCUAGUAUGUUGGCGGGGUUAGUCGCGACUACUAUUUGUUCUCCUGUUGAUGUUAUCAAAACGCGUAUUAUGAAUUCCGAGAAGAAGUUGACUUUUUUUCCAAUGUUAAAAUCAAUAAUUACUACCGAAGGACUAUUUGCAUUAUUUAAAGGAUGGGUUCCAUCAUAUGUGAGAUUAGGACCACAUACUGUCGCGACAUUUUUGUUUUUAGAACAAAUUCGGAGUUUAUAUGAUAAACGAAUCAAAUCCAACUCAUAA